CAAACCAAAUUAUUGUGGUCACUUAAUUAUUAGUUAUCAAUUCGCCAGCAAACAACAUGAAAUUGCUAUUUGUUUUGUGUGCGACAUUCCUUGUCGUAAAUGCGGCAAUGGAACCACCGAAAAUGACCUUUGAAGAUGCCGCCAUUUUGGAAGAUCUCCCAGCUGACAUUGAUGCCGAAGAACUGACGCCCGAAAUUGCUGAAUAUAAAUCGACUAGUUGGUGUCUUGUGAAACUCGCAUGGAAAUUGAAAAAGGCGGGAAUCAACGGAUACGGACCAUGGAAAGAACUCAUUGAAGAUAUUACAAGCACGAGUUACAGUCUUGCUAAGCACGCUCUCAAAUGCCGCCGCUUAAAGAAGGAUAAGAACACAUGGAUGGGAGAAGUUGCCUGGCAAGCAUGUCGUGCCUCCUUGGCUGGUCGUGGUGCUUAUGAAAUAUUGCGUCUUCGCAAUGACAUCAAAGAAACCGUUGAAUCUGAUUUCUGGUUGGUUGGCGUCAAGGGAUUAUGGAAGUGCUUGAAGAAGGAUCGUGAAGCCUUGAUCAAUAUGGAUUACGCUGCCUUGGACAAACAAAUCGAAAUGGAAAUGGAAAAAUAUUAAUUUUUUUGUUUAAUUUUAAAAAAUAAAUAUUGUGAUAGGUUUCAUUUUAGAAAUCUCAA